CGCUUCCCGGCCGCGCGCUGAGAAGGAGCAGCCUGAUUGGUUCCCGUCAGCCGUGACGCGGGCGCUUCUCUCGGCCGACGAAGAGGCGCUCUUCUCGGCCUCGGGUGCUACGCGAGCCCCCGGCUUGCGGCCUCGACGGAAGGGAAAAAAAAUGUCCCUCUAUGAUGAUCUGGGAGUAGAAACCAGUGAUUCCAAAACUGAAGGCUGGUCCAAAAAUUUCAAACUUCUGCAAUCUCAGCUGCAAGUGAAAAAAGCCGCUCUGACUCAAGCAAAGAGCCAGCGGUCAAAACAAAGCACAGUCCUUGCUCCUGUCAUCGACCUGAAACGGGGCAGUGCUUCGGAUGAGCGCCAGAUAGCGGACACCCCACCCCACGUGGCGGCUGGUUUGAAGGACCCCGUCCCUAGUGGCUUUUCAGCGGGAGACGUAUUGAUCCCUUUAGCGGAUGAGUACGAUCCGAUGUUCCCGAACGAUUACGAGAAAGUCGUAAAACGCCAGCGAGAGGAACGGCAAAGGCAGCGCGAGCUGGAGAGGCAGAAAGAGAUUGAGGAGAGGGAGAAGAGGCGCAAAGACAGACACGAGGCAAGUGGAUUUUCCAGACGGCCUGAUCCGGAUUCGGAUGAAGAUGAAGAUUAUGAGAGGGAGAGGCGGAAACGAAGUAUGGGAGGAGCUGCCAUUGCACCACCUACUUCUUUGGUUGAGAAGGACAAAGAACCUUUAUCCUCCUAUGAGGAAGAGUCAAGGCCUCGGGGUUCAUCAUCCAAGGCUGCUAUUCCUCCUCCGAUGUACGAUGAGCCCGAGAGACCUCGUUCCCCAACGGGGCCCAGCAAUUCCUUCCUUGCAAACAUGGGAGGCACGGUGGCUCACAAGAUCAUGCAGAAAUACGGCUUCCGGGAAGGCCAGGGUUUGGGGAAGCACGAACAGGGUCUCAGCACCGCCCUGUCGGUAGAGAAAACCAGCAAGAGGGGAGGCAAAAUCAUUGUUGGAGACGCUGCUGAUAAAGGAGAUGCAUCAAAGAAAUCGGAUUCAAACCCUUUAACAGAAAUACUGAAAUGUCCAACCAAAGUUGUCUUAUUGCGGAAUAUGGUUGGAGCUGGGGAAGUUGACGAAGACCUUGAAGGUGAAACG